AUGGUACAGGACACGUUCGUAGGGCGAACGGUCAACAAGGUUUUCAAUCAGGAUUUUAUAAUUGAUAAAAGGUUCAAGAUUAUGAAAGAAAUAGGGCAUGGAGCAUAUGGUAUCGUAUGUUCUGCCAAAUACCAAGAUGAAGAUGAUCCAGAAAGUUCUCUGGUGGCCAUAAAGAAGAUCACAAAUAUUUUCAGUAAGAAGAUUCUCUGCAAAAGAUCUUUAAGGGAACUUAAGUUGUUGCAAUUCUUUCGAGGACACAAAAAUAUAACUUGCUUAUAUGAUUUGGAUAUAGUACCGGAUCCGGUUUCUGGAGAGUUUAAUGAAAUAUAUUUGUACGAGGAGUUGAUGGAGUGUGAUAUGCAUCAGAUUAUUCGAUCUGGUCAACCUUUAACAGAUCUGCACUACCAAUCUUUCAUAUAUCAAGUUUUAUGUGGUUUGAAGUAUAUUCAUUCUGCUGACGUGUUGCAUAGAGAUUUAAAACCAGGAAAUUUACUAGUAAAUGCUGACUGUGAGUUGAAGAUAUGUGAUUUCGGAUUAGCAAGAGGGUUCUCUGAAAAUCCAGAGCAAAAUGCAGGUUUUAUGACAGAGUAUGUAGCCACAAGAUGGUAUCGAGCACCUGAAAUAAUGUUAAGCUUCACUAAUUAUACUAAAGCUAUUGACAUUUGGUCAGUAGGUUGUAUCCUAGCAGAGCUUUUAGGUGGCAAGCCAUUGUUUAGGGGGAAGGACUAUGUCGAUCAAUUGAAUCAGAUCCUAUUGAUCUUAGGUACUCCAAAGGAAGAUACGUUGACUAAAAUUGGGUCCGUGAGAGCUCAGAACUACGUAAGAUCCUUACCUUUCAUGAAGAAAGUCCCAUAUUCUCAACUUUUUCCAAAUGCUAAUCCGUUGGCCUUAGAUUUGCUAGAAAAGAUGCUAUCAUUAGAUCCAUACGAAAGAAUUACAAUCGAUGACGCUUUAAAACAUCCUUAUUUGUCUGUUUGGCAUGAUCCUUUGGAUGAACCCGAAUGCAAGGUGAAGUUUGAUUUCAAAUCAUUCGAAACAAUUGACGAUAUUGAGACCAUGAAAAAAAUAAUAGUCAAGGAGGUUAAGAGUUUCAGAGAAUUUGUGAGGAGACCCAUUCAAGAGCAACAACAAAUCCAGCUACAGCUACAAUUACAAGUUGAGCAAAAUGAGAGAGAGCAGCAAGAGAAGCAAAUUGCGGAAUCUUUGAGUAAUCUCUCUUCCUUCUCAUUAGGGCAAGAUAAUUCGUUUCAUCAGGAGAGUAACAAUAAUCAGAGGAAUACUAUUGGGAAUAAGAAUGGAAAUAAUGAGGACCAUGAUAUGCAAUAUUAUCUGUCAAUUCCGAAACCCCAGGAACUUGAUGAAUUUACCAUGUUGAAUCGAGGGCAUCAAGAUAAUGGGUUGAAUUCAGAUGACAUUCUGGGGUUGUUCAGAUUGGAAGAAGAACUUAGUUUUGGCUUAGAUGGUAAUGGUCUCUUUCAAAGUAUAUAA